UAACCUACAGCUAGAGGGCUGCCGGCCAGCCAAGAUGAACUCCUCUAUACUCAAUAUUCAACGCGAAAUUAUUCUCAAUACAAUCCGGUAUACGGCAGGGAAUGAGUGGAAAGUCCUGGUUGUGGAUGAGACCAGUCGGAAAUUAAUUGAUAAUGCUGUGAGCGAGGAUGACAUUCUCAAUCUCAAUGUUACCAAUGUCGAGCAGAUCGAGGAAAAGCGGAAAUCCAACCCUAUGGAUGCGCUGUAUAUCCUAUCGCCCCAGUCACAUAUCGUCGAUUGCCUAAUGGCCGACUUUGAGCGAAAGCGAUACAAAAAGGCUGGUUGGUUUGGACGUCAUGUCGAUCUCGACCCCCAACAGCGCACUAGACUCGAGCGAUCUCAAAUAGCCCAAGAACAAAUUGCUAGCUUCCGCGUUAUGAGUGCCGACUACUUUCCGAGGGAAUCGCGUCUUGUCACGUUCCGAGAUCCGUGGAGUUUUCCCGUGUUGUUUCACCCUGGUUGCAACCACUUGAUUCGCGGCCAUCUGGAAGGGCUGGCACAGAAGAUUGUAUCUCUUUGUGCGAGCUUAGGAGAGUACCCCGUGAUUCGAUACUACAAGCCUAGAGCGCCAACCCACGAAGCUAGUGUUAUGUGCUCGCACCUUGCCCGAUUUAUACAAAAUGAGCUAGAUCAAUUUGCCCACUUUCAAAAGGACUUCCCGCCCCCUUCCCAGAGACCUCGAGGCGUGCUUCUGGUGGUGGAUCGCUCUAUGGACAUUGUUGCUCCACUUAUCCACGAAUUUACGUACCAAUCUAUGGUGCAUGACUUGCUACCGAUAAAAGACGGGGACAAGGUCACUUACAAAACAAUUAUAAACGAAGGUAGCCAUAAUGAAGAACUUAAGGAGAUGGAGAUCUCCGAGAAUGAUAACGUCUGGGUUGACUACAGACAUCUUCAUAUGAAGGAUGUGCUUGGAAAGUUGGGUGAAGACUUUGCCAAAUUUCGGGCAGCCAACCCUCAAUUCGCUGAAGAAAAUGACAAAGCCAACGUGAACACAAUCAAAGACAUGUUAGCUGGUCUCACAGAGUUCCAACAGGGUAGGGAUGCAUAUACGCUCCAUCUUAACAUGGCGCAAGAAUGCAUGAAACACUUUCAGGAGCACAAGCUAUUGGAGGUAAGCUCCGUUGAACAAUGCUUGUCGACCGGGCUAGACGAGAACUACAAAAAGGCGAAGAACUUGGCUUCACAGCUCGUUCAGCUACUUGAUGAUGAUGCAGUGGACCAUCAGGAUAGACUUCGGCUUCUACUUCUCUACAUCAUGUACAGAGGUGGGAUUCUUCCUGGAGAUAUCAGGAAGCUUAUGGCGCACGCUCAACUUCCACCGCAAGAUGGUGACGUUAUCUCCAACCUGGAUUUACUUGGUUCCAGAGUAGAGAAGCAGUUGAAAGAUGAGAAGCCACCUGUCCAGCCGCUGUUCCACAGAAAGCCUCCAUCGCCCGCAGAAUCUGAUGAAACUAGUUUGUCAAGAUAUGAACUGAACAUGAAGUUGAUGCUCGAGGAGUUGGUUCGAGGAACUUUGGACCCAGCGGUUUUUCCUCCCACUCGACCAAAUACUGAGGCAGAGGGCAUGGGAGGGCCCCAGGAUACCCUCUCACAAGCCUCUCUGCGGAGCGCCAAACCGACUUGGGCUCGGACCCGUUCAGCCACAGAGCAGCCCCGACAACGCAUCAUUGUCUUCAUGGCUGGUGGUGCAACUUAUGGCGAAGCUCGUUCCUGCUACGAGGUCUCUCAAGCGUUUAACAAGGAUGUUUUCCUUGCAACGUCACAUAUGCUGAGCCCUGGUUUGUUCCUGAAGCAGCUUGGGGAUCUCAGUGCCGACAGAAGACGCCUAGACAUCCCAGCCGAACGGCCAAAACCAACGGCACCGGCCCAUUUGUUCGAAAGAGAUCCUCCACCUCAGCCUCAACCAGUGCCUAAGAAGGUCCCAGCCCCGAAGCUCAACCCUCCGGCGCCUCCUUCGGCCGCUAUGGGGGCCAUGUCCCUGGGGUCCAAUUCUCAGAAUGGUGCAGCACCUGCACCUAGCAAUGCAAAGCCACAUAAGGAGAAGAAGGAAAAGAAGCAUCACUUCUUCAGGCGAUCAUAG